UCUAUGGAUCUUAUACCUUUCCCUUCUCUAAAAAUUUCUUCUAGUAUUUUGCCAACUGGGUCUCUGUUAGAAUCACUAAUUCAUAUAUCUAAUGAAAUUACUUCAAUGGAGAAGCUUCCUUUUAUCCAGGUUAGAAACAUUUCAAGAAUGAUAAGAAGAAUUAAGCUUCUUUCUUCUUUAUUUGAAGAUUUACAAGAAACAAAUAAUCCUCUCCCUCCAUCCUGUAUUCUAUGUCUAACUGAGCUUUUUUCGGUUAUUCGAAAAGUCAAGUUCUUGAUUCAAGAAUGUAAAGAUGGUAGCUGUGUUUGGGGUUUGAUAAGAACUGAGUUUUUAUCAAAUCAGUUUAAUGUGUUAGUGAAAGAAAUGGGAAGAGCACUUGAUAUUCUACCUUUAAGCUUGCUUAGUUUAAUGGCAGAUACUAAAGAACAAGUUGAGUUACUUCAUAAGCAAGCAAAAAGAGUAGAUUUGAUACUUGACCCUAAAGAAGUUCAAAGAAAAGAAGAGGUUUUACAAAUAAUGGCUUGGAAUAAUGACAAGAACAGAAAAAAUAAAGGGUUUCUUGAUUUUGACAGAGUUAAACAAGUUUUAAGUAGUAUUGGAUUGACAAGUUCUUUGGAUUUGGACGAAGAAAUCUUGAAGCUUGAAGCAGAAGCAAAGAAUCAGGCAGGCACAGGAGGACUAAUUGUGAUAUCCAAUAUAAACAAUCUUAUAUCACUUCUUAGAUAUUCCAAGUCCAUGAUCUUUUGCAACAAAGAGAUAAAUGAGAAGAUACAAGAAGAGUCUGCGAAUAGAAAUGUAGACUUUUCUUCUUCUUCUUCUUCUUCUUCUCAUGCCAUACUACCAAAUAUUCCUGAUGAAUUCCGGUGUCCGAUUUCUCUUGACUUAAUGAAAGAUCCUGUGAUUGUAGCAUCAGGGCAUACUUAUGACCGGAAUUCUAUUGCUCAAUGGAUCAAUGCAGGGCAUCAUACUUGUCCGAACAGUGGGCAAAGACUAAUUCAUAUGGCUCUGGUACCAAAUUAUGCAUUGAAGAGCCUUGUCCAUCAAUGGUGCCAAGAUAAUAAUAUUCCAUUAGUAGAUGAUUACUCUUCUUCAUCUUCCCCAGAAUUGGAGAGAAGCAGCAACGACAAGAAGAAGUUAAGCGAAAAAGCUAUCGAUCACAUUUCUGCAACAAAAGCUGCUUCAGAUGCUGUCAAAAUGACUGCAGAAUUUUUGGUGGGUAAACUUGCAAUGGGGUCCCUGGAAAUUCAGAGGCAAGCAGCUUAUGAACUCAGGUUAUUAGCCAAAACUGGCAUGGACAAUAGAAGGAUAAUUGCAGAGGCAGGAGCCAUACCAUUUCUAGUGACACUACUAAGUUCUAGUGAUCCCAGAAUUCAAGAAAACGCAGUUACUGCCUUACUUAACCUUUCUAUAUAUGACAACAACAAGACUCUAAUAAUGGCAGCAGGUGCAAUAGACAACAUAGUAAAUGUUCUUGAAUCAGGCAAAACUAUGGAGGCAAGGGAAAAUGCAGCAGCAGCAAUCUUUAGCCUAUCAAUGAUAAAUGACUGUAAAGUAACAAUCGGGGCUCGUCCCCGAGCCAUUCCUGCCUUGGUUAGCUUACUAAGAGAAGGCACAACAGCAGGAAAAAGGGAUGCUGCAAGUGCAUUAUUCAAUCUUGCAGUUUAUAAUGCUAAUAAGGCAAGUGUUGUAAUUUCAGGAGCAAUUCCUUUGCUAAUUGAACUAUUAAUGGAUGAUAAGGCAGGCGUAACGGAUGAUGUCUUAGCUGUUCUGUCUUUACUAUUAGGUUGUUCUCAAGGGUUGAAGGAGAUAAGGGAAAGUAGAGUUUUGGUUCCUCUCCUGAUAGAUCUUUUGAGAUUUGGGUCGGCGAAAGGGAAGGAGAAUUCUAUAACAAUUUUGUUAGGAUUGUGCAGAGAUGGAGGAGAAGAAGUUGCCAAUCGCCUUUUGAUUAAUCCACGGAGUAUUCCUUCGCUUCAGAGUUUAUCUGCUGAUGGAUCUUUGAAAGCUAGAAGAAAAGCUGAUGCAUUGCUUAGAUUACUCAGUAGGUUCUGCUCUCAAACUCAUAAUCCUGUUGGAUAACAGAAGACAGCAGAAAAAACCUGAACCAAGUGCACAUUAUGAUCAUAUAAAUUCUUAUACCUUGUGUUCAUUUGUUGAUUUGUAGUCGAUCUCAAAUUUUAUAGUUUGGUUUAUGGAAUUUUUGGCAUUGUAUAUGGCAUCCUAUUGGAUUGGGAUGAAUAAAAUGUUUGCAAGAGCUUUUGUUCGUGUAAAUUCAAUUUUGUAUUUAAAUGUUGCUAGUCCCUAUUUCUUACAUGAUAAUAAAGUAAUUUUUUUUGGAUAUUUUUUUUCCAAUUAGUAUGGUAUUUUUUAGUUUGGGAUAAGCCCGUAAACAAGUCAAGCCGAGCCAAGAUG